UGGAUUUUUUGCACACAACUGGUAUUUGGGAUAAGUUGCAAACGUUGCACAGUCCUGGAAGUAGUGGUGCUUUGAUUAAGUCAACCUGUAACAUUAUAUCCGACAUAAAUGAGAAGAUUAUAGGCGCUAUAGCCUUAAGAUCACAACAAGUCAAAUUUUCAAGUCUUGUAGAUGAAGCUAUACAACGAGUUAUUGUAGGCUGGAAUGAUAUGCCUGAGGGUGCUUUAACAGCACAGGAUUUAUUUUACGUACGCAUUUGCAAAUUCCAGGACCUCUUUCAGGCGUUAGCCGAUAUUGUUGACGAACGCAUUACAAAGCAGAAACAGUCUCUUGGUGUGACAAAUUUAAUUUGUGACAUCAAUGCAAUCGUUUUACACUUGCUCAGCGAAAUUCAUACCUUUCGUGAACAAAAUGCAUCUAUAUUUUCACUGCCUGCCGAUAAAUUGGAUAUGUAUGAAUAUUUGCCUUGGACUGCCAUGAGUGGCUCUGCUGGCAUGAGGGAUGUUCUAAAUCACUUGGUUGAUAUAACAACGCGUUAUGGCACACGUACUCCUUGUGAUCAAUCCACUAAACAAAAAUUAUAUCAGCAGAUCUUAGAGCUAAUCGAUUACAUACUCGAUGGUCGAAAAUCAUACUUGGAUAGCAUACGCGACACAGAGAAAUACAAUGUUUUCUUGCAACAAUACGAAUCGCAACGUUUGAGUUUGAUUUCUCUUUUAAUUAACGAUGAACAGUAUGAGCUCGCCGCAAAGUUGGCUGAGAAGUACUUAGACUUCCAAUGUUUAGUAAUAAUAUGCGAUCAAAGUGACAGUCAGGAGCGCCUUGAUCAUUAUAUAAAAAAAUUUGAGGAAUACGAUUUCUCACAGUUUGCAAUUAACUGGCAUUUACGUCAAAAUCGUCAGGGUGAUGUAUUUGAUCGUUUCAAAGAAAAUCAAGCUGCCUUAUCACAAUUUAUGCGAGAUCAUCCGACUUUGGCUUGGAUACAGCUGAUAUAUAAUGGGGACUUCGAACGGGCAUCAAAAACUCUUCUGCAGUUGGCACAAAAUGAAACUGAAUUAGUAACAAGAAAAAAGGCCAUGUUAUCCUUGUCAAAAUUAGCAUCCAUAGCAUCGUUGGAGUCUGAUUUGAGUACACAAAUUGAAAAUAUAAAUACUGAACAAAAAAUUAUUGAUUAUCAAGAACAGCUAAGUGCUGCACUAUUGGAAAGCUUUGGUUUUGAUCCUGAAAAUCAGAAAGUGUUGAAAGUGGAGGAGAUUAUAAAUCUUAUAAUAACGGAUGAAAAUGAGAAAGCUACAGAGGAGGACUUUCGUAAAGCACUCGAAUUGUUAAACUAUAUAGAGGAGCCUUAUGAAGCAAGGCAUAAAAUUUGGUGUGCUGCAAUUUUACGUGAUAAUUGGAUUGACUAUGAUAUCAAUAAUGCCAUUGACCACGUACAAAACCUCUUAUUUUUUAAAUUGACCGAAGUGUGCCAUUUAAUGGGCACUGAGCUCGAGACAUUCUUACCACCAAUUGAAAAUUUCCUUAAUGCUGAAGACUUGGAGGAAGUGGCACACAACACGUCAUUUCAAUAUUUACUCAAGUUGACAUAUGAAUGCAUCAAUAAUUCCUUUAAGAAAAGUGAUGAAAUGGAAACUUGAAUCAUAGCAUUUAGAAUUCAAAAUAUUUUUAGUAUUUGUUAAUUUAUGUUUUGGCAAAUGGAA